GUGGCUGUCUGACGCCGGUCAGCCAUUUUGGGUAGGUUGUUCAACGACGAGCUGCUAGCUACCACACCGACAACACCAGGACGAAUACUUAAAGGAACUGAACAAAAAGCUGUUUUACUAAAACCAUCGUUCAAUAUGGGUCCACCAGGAGACAACCCACGUCAUGUGUCCUCUGAAAGAACGGAGGAUUUCAGUUGGUUUGUCAAUUUAUCUUGACAUGGCAUGUAGGUUAGUUGGUGGUUGUGACGACUGAAGAAAAGCAGGAAAAACAAACGCAGAUAGCUAGUUAGUACCUCAACUUCAACGGGUGAAAGAGAUUUUUUUGAAACACGUUUGUUGUCUGUAAAAUAAAAUCUAGUUGGUUCUCUCGACGGGAAUCCUAACCACCAUGAUGAUAUUGAAGCAAAAUGUCAUUUAAAAUGCCGAGAUACAACAGUUAGCUAGCCAGUCAACCGGACAAGUCAUUCGACAUUAAAUACCAAGUAAGCCAGACAGAACUCGGCGGAAAUGUAAAACGAAAGAUGACUGUCAGCUAGUUAGCUAACUAACCCGCACGACAUAGGCCUCAAUUACGUCCAAGAAGUAAAAUGAUGUAGCUAGUUAGUUGACCCACUAACUAGUUAGUGUUGAAGUGUAUGCUGCUUAGCCUAGCUAGCUCACGUUAACUAGUCAACUAAAAUAGUCCCGUCACUAUGAGUAUCGACAACGGAAGUAAACAAGGCCGCGGGCCAGUUCAAUGGCAGUAAACCCGGAGAUGUCAAACUACUCUGUAAACUUCAAUGUUGUAACUUGGUGCCAUCGUCUUCUGGCAUCCACAUUUACUUGCCAUGAUGGUUUUCUAUACCCCCAGUUAUUCAGGAACACGUUCAUAACGCGGUCUCUGCCGAGAAAUAUACACAAACAAACGGCGUCAAUCAUGGACGAAGCUUUGAGUUUGAGAAGACACGAAUAGAAUUGUCUGCUUUUUUGUUUGUGUAGUAAUCUCCUAUUUCAUUAGCGAGAAGUAGUGUCAGUGUGGGUUUUGGAAAUGGCUCUCCUUUCUGUUAGUAGUUGUCAGUAACCUAAAGGAAAAGGUGUACCUCAUUUUUAAUUUGCUAAUUUGUUUUCACUAGGCAAAUGUGUUGAAUUUAAAGUUCAUUUGGCCUGUAUUCGAAUGUCAUACUUUUAAUCACAACAUGGCUUCUUGAGUAAUUAAUAAAACAAAUGUAGCCAAAUAUUGAUUAAGAACCCCCCCCUCCUGAGCAUAAACUAUUUUAAAUAAAUAAAAUGACAUGGCUUGCUAUUUCAUUCGUUUCCUCAAGUUGGUAGUUAUUGCGAAAGAGCUAGUGUAGAAUAAUUUAGAUUUCUCGCUCUGUAAAAGGUAGCUAACUAGCUACACAUAGACAACUCGAAAGUAUAGUCAAAAUAUUCUGUAAUAGAGAAGACACCUAGCAUCCAAAUCUAAUAAUGGGGGACCCAACCUGGAGAAGAAACCAAACUAGAGAUCGACUCCGUGCUCAGAUCCGAAAGAAAAGGGAAUCUUUGGCUGACCAGUUUGACUUCAAGAUCUACAUAGCCUUUGUGUUCAAGGACAAGAAGUCGUCUGCACGGUUGUUGUUAUUCUCUUCCCUGUCCUCUCUGCUCCUUCAGAAGAAGAAGUCUGCCCUGUUCGAGGUAGCUGAAGUCCUACCGGUGAUGACCAACAACUAUGAAGAGAAUAUCCUGAAAGGUGUGCAGGAUUCCAGCUAUUCCCUCCAGAGUUCCAUGGAACUGAUGCAGAAAGAUGUUGUGCAGUUGCACGCCCCACGCUACCAAUCAAUGCGCAGGGAUGUCAUAGGAUGCACCCAGGAGAUGGACUUCAUCCUGUGGCCGCGUAACGACAUAGAGAAGAUAGUCUGUCUCUUGUUCUCCAGAUGGAAGGGGGCCGAGGAAGAACCCUUCAGGCCUGUUCAGGCCAAGUUUGAGUUUCAUCAUGGAGACUACGAGAAGCAGUUGUUACAUGCUGUCGGCAGGAGGGACAAGGCCGGAAUGGUUAUGAACAACCCAGCUCAGUCCGUCUUCCUCUUUAUGGACCGACAGCACUUACAGACUCCUAAAACCAAGGCCACAGUUUUUAAGUUGUGCAGCCUUUGCCUGUACCUGCCCCAGGACCAGCUAACGUGCUGGGGCGUUGGCGACAUCGAAGAUCAUCUCCUCCCGUACAUGCCCGACUAGGGCCAGCCGGCCUCCAUGGCUUCCGCCCACAACACAAGGAAGAUUUAACCCCUAAGCCACUGAAGCAAGUUGAUCUCUCUCUCAUCCACCACACAUCCUUCCAUUGAAUAGAACUGCUGCUUGGAUCUCCUCUUGUUUGUUGGUUUCCAUCUUCCUGAAGCUAAUUUAAAAAAUAAUCCAUAUUUGGUUUUUCCCUUACCUACCAAGCUUCCUCCCCCUAGCUCUGCUCCUACCAGUUUUGGAUUGGUUCUCCCUUUUAUCCACCCUCCCUCCACCAUCCAUCUUGUAUUUUAUUUUGAACCUGCACGAACAUUGAUUUUGAGUGGUUGGUUAUUCCCCUGGAGCUGCACAAUCAACGACACAGAGCAGUCACUGAAGGAACUCUUUAUGUUGCUACCAAGCAGGAACAAAGCCACACAGGUUUUUUUUUAUGACGUUCACAGGGGUCCCCUGUCUCUGCUGGACACAUUGUAACCCAUGUCAUAACAGAUUGGAAAAGCUUCUGUCAUUUCAAAGCUGGGUUAGAGGAAAACAUACUUGGGGGGUGUUGUUCUAGAACGACUAGCUACAAUCUAUGACGGGUCAGUCUAGGUGGCGUACAAACGUCUCCUGUAAAGCAAAGAUAAAAGGUGAAGGAGUAUUUGUCAAAUCAUUUGGUGUAGGUAUUCACAUCUUUUAUUUGUCCUUUUAAGACGCCCUUGUUUAAUGUUGGCUUUUUUUUUUUUUUCUGGGUUCAUUUGCUUUUCCUGUGAAAUAUGCCAGGAACACCAUUAGUAAUAUCUGGAGUAUAGUUGGGAACUGAUGGGAGGAAGUUGACAGACAGUAUUGUGAAUCGUGUGGUGCGGACCCGACACAAGGUUUAAAGGCUGAAGGUUGUUACCACGCACGCCAUUCAAGCUACUGAAAUCUGUUUUUGUUUUUUUCUGGGUGUGGGUUGGCAUGGGGGUGUAUAUGGAAGAAUUAAUGUACCUAACAAUGGAACAGGUUGAGUUGAAAUUAAUGGGAUCGUUACAUGUUUGUUCCUUUUAAUUUGAUAGACAAGUAUCCUAAAGAGUACUAAUUGUUGCAGUGCUUAUAAAAUGUAAAAUGGGGGUGUUUUUUUGUUGCUUUGCUGGAGUAAAUAAGGCACAAAUCAGUCUACAUUUAAUUGAGGGUUUUCUUUGUUGAUUCAAUAUGUUGGAUUUAAAGGUGGUUCAUUUCAGUUUAUUUUUUAUUUUUUUAUGCAUCUAGAAAUCAACACGGCUGAACAAAUCCCAAUACAAUGUAACAUUUGAAAGUA